UCCGGGAACUUCCUUUUCGUUCUCUCUCUCUCAAUCCAAAAUGGUAUACAGACGUUUUGUUGAGGUCGGCCGGGUGGCCUUGAUCAAUUCUGGAGCCGAUAUGGGCAARCUUUGUGUCAUCGUUGAUAUCGUCGACCAGAACCGAGCUUUGGUUGAUGGUCCAUGCACAAGUGUCUGUCGCCAGGCUAUCAACUUCAAACAUCUGUCCCUCACUGACUUCAAAAUCAAGGUCGGAAGAUCAGCACGAAGUGGYCCUGUCAAGAAGGCAUUCGAAGCUGAACAAGUACAAGACAAAUGGGAAAAGACCAACUGGGCCAGGAAACUUGCUAUGCGCAAAAAGAGGACGUCGAUGAAUGAUUUUGAUCGCUUCAAGCUCAAACUUGCCAAGCAAAAGAAAAAUCGCAUUCUUCGGGCAGAGGUGAAGAAGCUCAAGAAGGAAGAAAAGUAGAAGUGUUCUCUUAAAUUCCCUAAUAAAAUUUCUGUUUGACCUUGA